AUGAUUUCUCUAAACUUAAUUCAAGAUAUCUGUGAGUACUUAACUUACAAAGAACUCACCUGCUUAGCUCAAGCAUGCAAAAAAUAUCAGAGAAUAGUUUAUUCCAGUAAAUUAUUUAAAAAGGAAGCAAUCAGACUUUUUAUGGGCAAUCUUGAUUUAUAUCAGACAUAUGACGAAUAUACCUUAUAUCCAAAGCUAGUAAAACAAGAAAAUGACAGUUCAAGCUUGCAAUGAAAAUCACUAUUAGAUUCUCAUUUUGAAAUCAAAAUUGGCUGGAAACAGCUAGCAGGGCGUGUUUUGAAUAAAAAUGAUAUAGAGCAGCUUUACUGUAUUUUGCUUGAAGAAUUUAAAAAUCCAGCAAUUCCAAUUCCAAGAUUGAAAGCUGAAUACUUUUCCUCAAAUUACCAGGAUCUUAUAGUUAUAGGAGACUCUAUCUUUCUAGAUUCAUAUAAGGAAAAUCAAAAUUCUAACAGUAUCAUGCAGGCUUUAAACAGUCAAGAUUUUCUAGAAGAAUUCUCAUCAGAUUCUCAAAUCCAGAUGCUAAACUAUGCUAUUCAAUAUUUUUGGAGUCCUAGUUUUGACUCUACAAAUUCUCCAUGAAUCUUGAAAUUUUAUUCAUUAAUUUAUCAAAUGAUUUCUAUAAAUUGCAAAUUUGCUUAUUCCAGAAUAAAAUGCUAUUCAGGUGAAGAUCUUUUAGAUGAAUACACAAUAAUAUGAUCUGCAUUUUCAGCAGCUAUGCAGAAUUUGGCUGAUUUUCUUGAUCCUUUAGUUCAGUCUCUUAAUAACAUCAGAAAUUCAAUUUAUAAGACAAAGCCGAAAUUCUUCAAAUUGUACAAUUUGAUGAAUAAAAUAUGAAAAGAAGAGGUUUUUAAGAAACUGGAAGAAGAAAUAACUGAAAAUAUUAUUUUUUUGUGGAGAAGAAUAAGAAGCUCAGAUAAUGAUUCAGGAAUAAAUUUGCUAAUAAAGAGUAUAGAAUUCAUUGUUGAUCAUAGUGUAGAUGAAGAAAGCUUGCUUUAUAAAAAUCAUACGAAACUUUUUACUGCAGAACCUUAUAAGCAUAUAAAUGAAAACAUUAUGGAAGAAACCAAAAUUUAUUAUCAAAAAUUAGAAACUACCAUUGAAAACUUGCAAUCUAUUAUUGAUCGAGACAUCAGAAUUUUAAAGCUAGCUUUUCUUCCACUUACGCAAAAAAAGUUUGAAAGAUUAGCCUAUUAUAAGCUGCAGCAAGCCAUUUCAUCUCAUCUUAGCAAAGAAAUAUCUGAAUUUUCAAUAUCCACAACUCCUUACUGCAAUGAAAGGCUCCUUAAUGAUUACUUAUACAGCCCUAUUGGAGCGUUUUUGUUUCAGCAAGAAAUGUCAGUUCAUAAGGUAAAAUUAUUUAUAUCUUAUGGAUUGUCGAAAAAUACCUAUCUUAGCUUUUUUAAAAUAUACAACAAUGGUCCAGAUAAAAUUUUAGAAGUGUAUAAAGCUCAAGACCAAGAAAUUGAAGCCAAAGCCAAAAGAUGUGGAUUUCCUUUUGAAAACCUAAUAACUGGUCAAACUGCAGACUCAGGGAAUUUCUCAUUUGAAAAUAUCGCUAUAAUCUAG